AUGGGUUCGACACUUCCGAGCACGAUGCGAGCAUCGCAAUGGACAACGAACGCCAAUGGAAUUGAGCGCGACAUGAAGCUUAACAAUGAAGCUUCAUUGCCUAAGAACGCCGCCUCGCUCCCGAGCGGGCACACAUUGGUCAAGGUCGCGUACAGCACAGUCAACCCUUUCGACUACAAGGUCGCGGAGACACCAGUUGUCGGGCAGUACAUCCUCGCCAAACCCUCCGUUCCCGGUCUCGACUUUUCUGGCACCGUUGUCGAGACGAAGCGUCCGGACCUGAGGAUAGGAGAUCGAGUAUUCGGCAGAACAGAUCCUCCCACCUUCGGCUGUCUCGCCGACUACGUAGUGGUCAAAGAAGCCGGCGUCUACCCAAUCUCAGACGGCGUAUCCCUCCGCGACGCUUCUACCGCCGGCAUCGCCGCUCUGGCUGCCUAUCAAUCCAUCAUGCCAUACAUCAAGCCAGGCGACGAAGUCUUGAUCAACGGCGGCAGUGGCGGGACCGGUCAUUUCGGAAUCCAAUUCGCCAAAGCCGCUGGCUGCCGUGUCACAACCACAUGCUCGUCCACCAACAUCAACUUCUGCAAACAACUAGGCGCAGACGAAGUCAUCGAGUACACUAAAGUCGACCUCAUCUCCCACCUCAAAUCGUGCGGCAAGCAAUAUGACCUCAUCGUUGAUAAUGUCUUCAGUGAUCGCAAUCUGUACUGGCAAUGUCGGCACUACCUCAAGCCAGAGGGGACGUUCGCGACACCUGGGGACACGAAGCCAGCAGCACUCAAGGAUCUGGCACUGGCACAUGUUCUACCAAGUUGGCUUGGCGGAGGGCAAAGGAGCUUUGCUUUCAUUCGUAAUGAGCCCAAUCAGAAUAACUUCGAGCAGAUUGCGAAGUGGAUGCAGCAGGGUAAGGUCAAGCCGUUCAUUCAGGAGGAGUUCUCGUUGGAGGAUGCCCAUAAGGCGUAUGAGAGGUUGAAGAGUGGGAGGACGAGGGGAAAGAUUGUGGUUAAGGUGGCUGGGGAGUGA